UGAGAAUAACUAAGUCUUUAAAAUCUGGAAAAGGAAGUACAAUACCAUUUUCGUGCUACUUCCCUUCUGGACAUUGGAGGUAAUUAUUGUAGCUGUUUUAAGGUGCACUGUAUGAAAAUCAGACUAUGACCUAACAAAUGGCAACAGUAGCAUCUAAAAAACUCGUGGUUGCUGCCAUCGAUUUUGGAACCGCUUUUUCUGGAUAUGCCUACUGUAGCAAGCACGAUUAUGAUGAAUACCUUCAAGGAAAUGAAGAACAACCGAGAAUCAAAUGUCAAACUUGGUCGUCCGAAGGAGGAUUGACUCCCAAAGCACCGACUUGUGUUUUAUUCCGUCCUAACCAAAUGUUCCAUAGUUUUGGAUACGAGGCACAGACUUACUACAGGGACCAUCUAAACAAAGGAGAUUUAAGUACAUGGUUUUAUUUUGAAAACUUCAAGAUGAUGUUGUAUAAAGAGAGGGACGAAUUAACUAAAGAUACUUGGUUAAAAGAGUCAAUAAAUGUUGAGGGUAUUACGCCUAAACGAAUGAAAGCAGUAGAAGUCUUUGCAGCAGUUAUUGAGUAUUUUAAAGGACAAAUUCUGAAAUCUUUACUGACGAGUCACGGAGAUAAGGUGACUUCAAAGACGGAAAUAAAAACUGACAACUCUUCGAAAAAAACUGACACAUUCUCUAAUGACGAUUUUCACUGGGUUCUCACAGUUCCUGCUAUAUGGGACUUGAAGGCAAAACAGUUUAUGCGUGAUGCUGCUGAAAAGGCGGGGAUUUCAAAGGAACAAUUAUCCCUUGCCCUGGAACCAGAAGCUGCUUCUGUACACUGCAGAAAACAACCGGUCACUGUAAAAGAACAGCCUUGUGGUAACAAAGCCAUUGCAAGUUUGGAAGAAGGUGAUCAAUAUAUGGUCUUUGAUCAAGGAGGAGGAACAACAGAUAUCACAGUUCACGAGGUUACUGGGCCUAGCUCUGUUAAAGAGAUACACCAAGCAUGUGGAGGUUAUUGGGGUGGAAAUACAGUCAACGGAGAGUUUUACAAGUUUCUAGUUAAACUUUUUGGCGGUUUUGUCAUUAAUGAUGUUAAGAAGAACCAUCCUGCUGAUUACUUUGAGCUGAUGCACAAUUUUGAACGUAACAAAACAAGUUUUAAAUUAGACACAGAUAAAGUUACUAUCCGAAUUCCCGUUGCAUGGCUUGACACAUACAAGGAAAGUACUAAGCAAAAGUUGAAAGAUGUAAUACCACAGACGAGAUUUAAUAACAAGAUUGAACUUUCAAAUGACAAAAUGAGAAUCAAACACUCGCUUUUCCGCUCGUUCUUUGAUUAUUCAAUAACUAAUGUUACAGAUGAACUUGAUAAAUUAUUCAAAAAGCAAGAGCUUUCUGGUGUUCAUACACUAUUAGCAGUUGGAGGGUUUUCAGAAUCUUCUGUUUUGAUAGAUGCCGUUAAACAAAAACUGGGUCAAAAGGUCGACGUUAUCGUUCCAAGAGACCCCGGAUUGGCUGUUCUUAAAGGAGCAGUUAUGUUUGGAUUUGAACCAGGAACAAUUGAGUCACGUGUUUCUAGAUAUACAUACGGUGUUGCAAUGCAAAGGCACUAUAUAGAUGGUUUUGAUGAUGCGUCGAAGCGUCCUAGCCAUGGCAGUCUUAUAGAUGAUGUUUUCGAUAUUCAUGUCAAGAAGGGACAAGUUGUAAAAAUUGGACAUUUUGGACCAGAACAUACUUACUUCCCUGUUGUAGACGAUCUAAAAUGUGCUCACUUCGAAUUCUUUGCAUCAGAAGAAAAGGACCCUAAAUAUACAACAGAAAAAGAUUGUAGUAUGUUAGGGGUACUUAGUGUUGAUCUUACAAGAAAGGAUUCAAAAGAUGGAGAGCUUUCAUUGAAAAUUAAUGCUAGUGGCACUGAAAUAGUAGCGGUUGUAAAAGAAAAGGCCACCAAAAAUGAAUACAGAGCUUACUUUUGUUUAUUUUAACUGAUAUAGAAUAAUUCUUCCCAGAGUGCUGGUUUUUUUUUCUCUAUGAAUCAAAAGCUUGGUAUAUGGAACUAGAAGUCGCGUAUUUCUAAAUAAAACACACUAACAAGGACUUAAAACACAUACAUAGAGUAUAAUAUUUACAAAACAAAUAGAUUUAUGAGUUUUA